AUGAACAGACUACAAGGACUGCGGAGCCCUGUGUGUCCCCUGCUUCUGGCGUUGUGCUGGGGCGUUGUGCUGGCCCUGCCGCUGGACUGUAGGGACGAGUCGGGCGCCUCUGCGCGCUGCGCCUCCAUCCCCCCGGAGAAGCUGCUGGACCGGGUCAUCCAGCACGCCGAGCUCAUCUACCGCGUGUCCGAGGAGUCCUGCUCUCUCUUCGAAGACAUGUUUGUGCCCUUCGCGAUGCGCACCGCGAGGAACCAGGGAGGGAGCACAUGCAUCACUAAGCCGUUCCCCAUCCUCGCCUCCAAGAGUGAGAUCCAGCAAACAUCGGACAAGUGGCUCCUGCACUCCGUGCUGCUGCUGGUGCAGUCCUGGAUCGAGCCGCUCAUCUACCUUCAGACCACCUUGAAUCACUAUGACAACGCGCCGGACACUCUGAUCAACAAGACUAAGUGGGUGUCGGAGAAGCUGUUGAGCCUGGAGCAAGGCUUGCUGGUCCUGAUCCGAAAGAUGCUGAACGAGGGCAUGCUCAUGCCGUCGGUGUACGAACCGAGCCUGCUCCAGUCGGACCUUCCGCCGGACAUGCUGGACUCCAUCCUGCGCGACUACAACCUGCUCACCUGCUUCAAGAAGGACGCCCACAAGAUCGAGACCUUCCUGAAGCUGCUGAAGUGUCGCCAGAGCGACAAACUCAGCUGCGUGGUUUACUGAUCUCCUUAAAACCCUGAGACAGCACCUC